ACACAACAAUAUUUCAGCUAUGACAAUCUGAAGAAAAUUUCCCUACAUGCCAAAACCCAUGUGCCCCGAUUAUUUUUUAAUUUUGUUUAUAUCUGUUUGGUUGUUUAACUAUUCCCUACUACACUGGUUUUUCUGGAACCGGCUACGUGGCUUCUGUAUAGCGCCCAUAGAGUAAGUAAAAUAAGUAAAAAUUAUUUUACUUUCUCUAUGAUAGCGCCAUCUAAUGAUGGGUGAAUCUGAGGAGCAUGUUAACUUAGCUAGUAACAUAGUUUGAUAAUCUGUGUUGUUACCAAUGGUUACCAUUCUAUAUUCUGUGAGUGUCGACAAGUCUAAUAAAACCGUAAAACAAAACUUUAAAAUAGGAAAUGAGCGUUUAUUUGCAUGUCAUCGUAUGGGGAUGUUUACUUCGUUCUGGGCUCUGUUCCACAGUAGAAAAAACAAAACCAAAAGCACACAACAGAUUUGUUGCGACAAAAGAAUGGAAGACGAUUGAAGAAGGGCAAACGGUCCCAUCGGGCCUACAUUACAGACUAAAUUUAAAAAAUGGAAAGAAAGAAGCAAAACUCAUUGAUAGCGGUGGAAGCAUAGAGCAGCAUGGUCUAGCAAAGGAUGAUAGUAAACAAUCACAGAAUCUGAAGCAAAAUACAAUUCUGGUCGAUCGCUCUGCGGCAACGAAUGUUUAUGAGGAAGUGCAGCAGCAGCAGCUCCUCCAAGGGGACCAGCUAAGCAAUUUAUUCACGUACAUUGAAUUUGAGGAAAAAAAGAAACAAGUUGACGAAAAAGUGAUUGCAUCUCUUUUAUCAGAACUGCAGGUUUUAUGUUGCGAAGCCGAUAAUGCCGAUAACUUUUAUCGUAAAAACGGGAUUCAGAAAAUUAUUUAUAAACAUGUAAACUCAACUAAUAAAUCGACAAGGGAAGCAGCCUUAACAUUGUUUGCAACUGUAGCCGAUCACAGGCCAAUGGUGAAGAAACAUGUAGUGGAAACUGGCGGUCUAACGACAUUAUUGAGGUUGUUUUCCUUGGAAAAGCAUCCUGAUGUAAAACGCGCUGCGUUGAAAGUCCUUGGUGUCAUAAUCAGGAACUUUCCAGUUGCUCGAAACAAAUUCGUGGAACUGGGGGGCUUACAUGUAAUUACAGAGUCAUUCCCAACCCAACCGCUAAAGGACAAGGUGAAAAUGAUAACUCUCCUUUAUGAUCUGCUUAGUGAAAGGAGAGAGAAAAGCGCGGACUUGGACAAUGCUCUAUACAACCUUGGUUGGUGCACCAACUUUAACGAACUGUUCCAGGAAGUAGUAAUGGUCAAUAUACAGGACUUCGACAGCAUUGAAAAAUGUUUGCUCGUCAUGGAUUUAAUGGCGUCUAAAUGCAAAAAGUUCUACAAGAAUGAUGUGAGCUUUCAAUUGAACAGACAAUUUGCAUUGCUCGGAGAACUAGACGGAGACGAAGAUCAUUAUUUCAUAAAUCUGAGUACAUUAAUGUCGCGAUUGUUUGAGAGUUCUUCGAGCGACUUCGAAACCAACCGAGAGCUUUGAUCUUUGAUCGGUUUGCGUAUGAGUUAAAUCGGGGACCCGAAUGUGAAAAUAUAUGGAACAGCAAAUAGAAUUCUUUUAAUUGUUAA